GAAAAGGUCUCCGCUUCCGGAGACAACGUCGCACGAUUGCUAGCGCUUCUCUUCCCGGGGGGGCGCGAGGAGGGAGCGUGCCUCGGCGCUGCUCUCGAGCGGGCCGCGGCGGCCCCGCUCGGAUGGAGGCGGAGGCGGCCGGGGGCGGCACGGCGCCCGCCGCGGGCCAGGGCGGGGCGCUGGGCUCCCUGCAGGCCCUGCUGGCGGAGGAGGCAGACGCCGCUAGCGCGGCGCGCGUCCCUGUGCCCGACACGCCGCUGGACGCCCCGCCGCCGUCCGCCGUGCCCGUGCCAGAGACGCCGCUGCAGCCGGCGGAGGCCCUCGCCGAGGCCGCCGCCGAGGCCUCGCAGGCCGCCGCCGCCGUCGAGCCGGGCGCCGGGGACGACGCGCUGGCGGAGGCGAGGGAGGCCGCCGAGGAG